GCAACACCGGAGCGUCGCCUCGCCUUUUCCAAACACGGCUCGCGCUCGGGAUUUAUUGUCGGUGCCAUCAAGGCGGUGUUCAGCAUCCCAGCGUCCUCGGCUGGCUGCUGCUCGGUGAGCCCCCGGAGGUGAAGGGCUGACACCCACAACUCAACACCGCCUGGAGCCGGGGACUGUGGACUCACUGGGCUCAUCUCUCACCUCCAGCUUCAAGCUUCCCACUGAGGACAAUGUGACUACGGGACUCCUGUCAGAAGCAUGUGACCUGCCACGCGAAUUAUGGAUCUGAUAAUCGGUAUACAUUGAAUCAACACUCAUCCAGCUCGCUCCGGCUCCUGUUCAGCGCUCCACUGGUCCUUAGUGGUCCCAAGUCCCCCUUGGCAGUGGUCCAGUGGGGUCCCCAUGUGGUUUCCUGGCUGAAUUCAUGUUGCCAGAGUCCGGUACAGAGUUCGUGAACCUGGCGUAGCGUCUUCUGCUGCGAGUCUUCGCAGGAACAAUGGACUUGGUGUAAAAGGGAAUUAAAAUGCCACAAUGGUCCCACUUCUGUUUUUGGUGGCAACCACAACAACAUCCAAUUCCAGCGGCAAUGGCAACCACACACAAGAAGACGUGACAUCCCACAGCCAGCACAUCCUCCCCAUCGUGCUGGUCCUGUCCCUGCUGUUGCUCAUCAUCGCGCUGCUAGCCUGGUACUUCCUCAGGUUGAAAAACCAGAGAAAAGCAGUCGUCACAACAGUUGACAAGAAGAUACCGAAUGGCAUCUUGGAGGAACAAGAGCAACAGACGGUGGUCCUUCUGGCCAGAGCUCCUUUGGCCUCCAAGACCUACUUCCCCAUCCCAGUGGAUCACCUGGAGGACGAGCAGAGGCUCCGCUCGGCCGACGAUGGCAAGCUCUUCCGGGAGGAGUAUAAUUCCUUGCCAGGGGGUAAUGCCCAAGGGAAGUAUGAGGAGGCCAACAAGGACGACAACAAGGAGAAGAACAGAUACCCCAACAUCCUCCCUUAUGAUCAUUCAAGAGUGGUGCUGACUCAGCUGGAUGGGAAUCCCUGUUCAGACUAUGUGAAUGCUUCUUACAUUGAUGGUUACACGGAAAAGAACAAAUUCAUAGCAACACAAGGUCCAAAAGAAGACACCGUAGCAGAUUUCUGGAGGACGAUUUGGGAGCAGAAAGUAGCGACUGUUGUCAUGCUGACAAAUCUGAAAGAAAGGAAAGAAGACAAGUGCUACCAGUACUGGCCAGAUCAGGGCUGCUGGAGCUAUGGGAACGUGAGGGUGGCGGUGGAAGACUUCACGGUCCUCGUGGACUACACCAUACGCAAGUUCUGCAUACAACAUCAAGCCAGCGUUGCUGCUAAGACUCCGAGGCUGGUCACCCAGCUGCACUUCACCAGCUGGCCUGACUUUGGAGUUCCCUUCUCCCCCAUCGGCAUGCUCAAGUUCCUCAAAAAGGUCAAGGUGGUCAAUCCACCCUUCGCCGGGCCGAUCGUGGUCCACUGCAGCGCUGGUGUCGGUAGGACCGGAACCUUCAUCGUAAUCGACGCCAUGAUCGACAUGAUGCAUGCGGAGCAGAAAGUUGAUGUGUUCGGGUGCGUCGCUAAGAUACGAGAGCAGCGCUCGCAGCUGGUUCAGACGGAUAUGCAGUACUCAUUCAUCUACCAGGCCCUGCUUGAAUACUUCCUCUACGGAGACACGGAGCUGGACGUGUCCUCUCUGGAAGGACAUCUGCACAAACUGCACAACACCUUUGCGAGCGGUGACCGGGUCGGCCUCGAGGAAGAGUUUAAGAAACUGACCAACAUGCGAAUAAUGAAGGAGAACAUGAGAAUGGGGAACCUUCCUGCCAACAUGAAGAAGAACAGAGUUCUGCAAAUUAUUCCAUAUGACUUCAACCGAGUUAUUCUCUCCAUGAGAAGAGGUCAGGAGUUCACCGACUACGUCAAUGCGUCUUUUAUAGAUGGCUACAGGCAGAAGGACUACUUCAUUGCCACCCAGGGCCCUCUGACGCACACGGUGGAGGAUUUCUGGAGGAUGGUGUGGGAAUGGAAGUGUCACUCCAUUGUCAUGCUCACUGAGCUCCAGGAGAGGGAGCAGGACAAAUGUUGUCAAUACUUGCCCGCAGAGGACUCGGUCACCUACGGAGAUUACACAGUGGAGCUGAAGGGAGACACUCAGUGUGACACAUUCAGUCUGCGAGACUUGGUACUCACCUUUGUCCCGGAGAAACAGACGAGGGUGAUCAGACACUUCCACUUCCACGGCUGGCCGGAGAUCGGCAUCCCGGUCGAGGGGAAAGGCAUGAUUGACAUCAUCGCCUCAGUGCAGAGACAGCAGCAGCAGUCUGGGAACCAUCCCAUAGUUGUACACUGCAGUGCUGGUGCAGGGCGAACCGGUACGUUCAUUGCACUGAGCAAUAUCUUGGAGCGAGUCAAGGCAGAAGGCCUGCUGGACGUGUUCCAGACUGUGAAGAGUUUACGCAUGCAGAGGCCUCAUAUGGUCCAAACUGUGGAACAAUAUGACUUCUGCUACAGGGUGGUACAAGACUUUGUGGACAUUUUCUCAGACUAUGCCAAUUUUAAAUGAUCAGAUUUGCCUUAAACAUGGUUUUUAAUGUUGUUUUCUAAAGCUGGUUUGUCAGUUUGUGUUUCUUUAACUUGGUCAAAGGAUCUAUUUUGCUAUGCACUUGUCCCUCCAUUAAGUCCAUCCUCGCUGUAAUAUACUGUAUGUCAGUGGAUGAAAAUUGUAAAUGAAAAAAGUAAAAUGAAUAAUGUAUAUUUCACAUCAUGUUUGAUAAUUAUUUUGUCAUGAAGUGUUGUUUCAAACUUGGUCUCCUUUUUCAGUUGUGUUGUAUAAUACUGUAUUUUAAAUGUUUAUCUAAGUGUUAUUUUGGAUUGACCACAUAAUAUUUUUAAAAGUUGUAGUUAUUGUAAAUGUAUUUAUGUAUUGACGACAUUCCAACCUUGAGUUUGGGGAACGAGGCGGGAAUGUUAAAACAGUUUAUUAUUUUUUUAUGUUGUCAUCAUUUCAUUUAUUGAUGACUUCUAUCUGAGAUUAGAGGCGAUAUUUAAACCACAUACCCAUAACGAGUGUGAUACUCUUUCCAAUAGAAAUAUUGUCAGAAAAGAGUGAAUCACUUCAGCCAUAAUGCCAAGAACGUAAAGUUAUGCAACAGAGGCUAAGAUGACCAACAGGUUGAUUUCCAAUAUGGAUUCAGGCAGAAGUUUUACAGUGAGAUGUAUCACAGUCAUGAAAUACCAUUAAACUGGACCUCAAACAAAGUGGGAUACAACUGCAUUGAACAUAGAUGUAACAGUCUGCCUUUUGUCUGAAGACAGCAAAAAGUAUUUUUGCUAAAAAUAACAGCACAUUAAAAAGCACAUAACAGCCUUUUGCCAAGAACCUGGAAUGUUCACGAAAGUUUGCUUUAUUUGUAUUAUAGAUAAUUUCACAAAUCAGUGCCAUACGUACUUUUUUAAGACUUGGAAGCUUAGAUGAAGGCCAGUGGUCCUCAGAUAAGGUCAGUGUGGUCGCUUAAUGCAGUAUAGACAGGAAAGUACUUCACCGAGUUCUGCAAUAGCAAAAACAAUACACGCGUGUGAGGCUUCAGUGCCUGCUUAUUAAUGCCAGAGCAACAAAAGAACACCCCAAACUAUCAAUGUUGAGGUAUCUUUUCAAAUACAUGGGUUUGUUUUUUCACAUAUGCCAAAAUGAAGAAGUAGAACGUUUCAUAGACGAUGAUCUAUUCAUGAAACGGCUUUUCUGUGCAUUUCUCUACGGCGGAAACCCCCCAUCGAUCUGGUACUCUAAAAUGAAACCAAACAUUUUGAAUGAUUUCAUCCAGCUCUGCUUUCAUGCUCAAUGAAAUGUGUAAUGUUGUUGCCGUUGCAUGUAAAUACUACAUGACAAGAGUGCUGACUUUGGGAAGGUGACUGAGCAGCAGGGGACGGUCCAGUGAUUGGUCAUUUGUUUGUGCUAUCUGUCUGUGGGAGAAGACUGAACUAAACAACCCUUUCCUGUGGUUUCUUUUCUAUGCCUUUCUUUUUCAGAAAGUGGAGAAUACUUCGUUUAACCAACAGCUCUUUGCCUUUAUGUUCUGUGGGUGGUCGAACCACUUUUGGAUACUCAAUGUCUUUCAAAUGCAAUUGCAGUAUUAAAUUAAUCUGAAAAUGC